UCCUCCUCCUCGGUGUCACCCGGCGCUGGGUGUGGCUGACACUCUCCUCAGCAGCCAGAGGGCAGCACUUCUCCCCCACUGACUGACACGGCUCCACGCGCUGUGAGCCUCACCACACACUGCAGGCUGAAUAGAGUCGUCCUGUGAGCCGGGAUUACAGGAGCUCUGCUAGAAGAGAGUGUCUGUGAUGGGAAGGAUCAGCGGCUGUGCCCCAUGAGCUGUGCAGGCUGCCUGAGCCCCCGCCAUCCCCUCCAGAGUUUGGUUACACGGACUGGAUUUAAAUAUAGAAAUACAUAACAUUCAAGCAGCAUGGCAUCUGUGGCCCUCCAUGUUCUCAUUGGGCUAGCUGUAUAUAUCAGCUGUACCACAGGAUCUUCACAGCCGCAGGCAAGGGUGUCUUUGACAUUCGAUGAGCUUCAGCAAACAAAGACAUCAGAGUUUUACAGUAUAUCCCAGAGCCCCCUGGACUACAGGAUUUUGUUCAUGGAUGAAGAUCAGGACAGAAUCUAUGUCGGCAGCAAAGACCAUAUUCUGUCCCUGAACAUUAACAACAUAAGUCACAAUCCUCUGACUGUUUUCUGGCCGGCUUCUACAAACAAAGUUGAAGAGUGCAAGAUGGCUGGCAAAGAUCCCACACAUGGCUGUGGCAAUUUUGUACGUGUUAUUCAAAGCUUCAAUCGAACUCAUUUGUACGUUUGUGGAAGUGGAGCCUUCAGUCCUAUUUGUACAUAUGUGAACCGAGGCCGGAGGUCUGAGGAUCAAAUAUUUGUCAUUGAUUCCAAGAAUGAAUCUGGAAAAGGGCGCUGUUCUUUUAACCCAAAAGUGAACACUGUUUCGGUUAUGAUCAAUGAAGAGCUCUUUUCUGGUAUGUAUAUUGAUUUCAUGGGCACUGAUUCGGCCAUUUUUCGCAGUCUUACAAAACAUAAUCCGGUGAGAACGGAUCAGCACAACUCCAAGUGGCUAAGCGAACCAAUUUUUGUGAAUGCUCAGCUCCUGCCAGAUGGAACAGAUCCAAAUGAUGCAAAAGUUUAUUUCUUUCUGAAAGAGAGGUUGACUGACAACAGUGGAAGCACCAAGCAAAUCCAUUCCAUGAUAGCCAGAGUGUGCCCUAAUGAUAUUGGCGGACAAAGAAGCUUAGUUAACAAGUGGACAACAUUUUUAAAGGCACGACUUGUGUGCUCAGUGAUGGACGAAGAUGGGACUGAGACUCAUUUCGAUGAGUUAGAGGAUGUUUUUCUUAUGGAAGCAGACAAUCCUCGAUCAAGCCUUGUCUAUGGAAUUUUCACAACUUCAAGCUCGGUUUUCAAAGGAUCUGCAGUAUGUGUUUACCACAUGUCGGACAUUCAGACUGUUUUUAAUGGUCCAUUUGCUCACAGAGAAGGUCCGAAUCACCAGCUAAUUCCUUAUCAGGGUAGAAUUCCCUAUCCAAGACCUGGAACGUGCCCAGGGGGUGCAUUUACGCCAAAUGUGCUCACAACUAAGGAAUUCCCAGAUGAUGUUGUGACCUUCAUAAGAAACCAUCCACUUAUGUUCAACUCGAUUUAUCCAGUGCAUAAGAGACCGCUCCUGAUAAGAACAGGCACUGACUACAAGUAUACAAAAAUAGUGGUGGACAGAGUAAAUGCGGCAGAUGGAAAGUACCAUGUCUUGUUUCUUGGGACAGAUAAGGGGAUUGUACAGAAAGUGGUCGUCCUCCCUGGUAACAGCUCCACAAGUGGAGAGCUCAUCUUAGAAGAACUGGAAGUCUUUAAGAGUCAUGCUGCUAUAAAGUCAAUGAAGAUUUCUUCAAAAAAGCAACAAUUGUAUGUUAGCUCAGAGGAAGGAGUCACCCAGCUCUCUCUACACCGAUGUCACAUAUAUGGACCUGCAUGUGCAGACUGCUGUCUGGCGAGGGACCCCUAUUGUGCUUGGGAUGGAAACUUAUGUUCUAAGUUUUACCCAUCUGGGAAAAGGAGAAGCAGAAGACAAGAUAUAAAACAUGGAAAUCCAGUCACUCAGUGCCGUGGAUUUAAUCUGAAAGAGUAUAGGAACACUGAAGAGAUUAUUCAGUAUGGAGUCAGAAAUAACACCACUUUCUUGGAGUGCAUCGCAAAAUCUCCACAGGCUUCUGUCAAAUGGCUCCUGCAGAAAGAUAAAGAUCGAAGGAAAGAGGUAAAACUGAAUGAAAGAAUCAUUUCUACUGGUCAAGGACUGCUUAUCCGCUCUGUUCAGGACAGUGACCAAGGAUUGUAUCACUGCAUAGCAACAGAGAAUGCAUUUAAGCAAACGGUAGCAAAAAUUAAUUUAAAAAUCUUGGAACCGGAGCUUGUGACUUUCAUGACUGAUAAAUCUCAGUGGAUCUGGGCCAGCACAUUAAGUGGACUUCAGUUUCACCCCAAGGACCUCACUGGAUCAUUCAGUCACUCCGAGAUGCAGAUAAUAAACCAAUACUGCAAAGAGAGUAGGCAGAAGAAAACCCCCGUUCAAGAAAUUCCCAAGCACAAAGGAGAAUAUAGCAAGUUAAAACUCCUUAUGAAUACCAGAAAAAGCAGGAACCGAAGAAAUCAGUUUCCUGGUUCUUAAGGAUUUGCUGCCCUUCUAACUAUAGAUAUGAGUUGUGUUACAUGCCACCUAGGUGCAAACAAUAUGCAGAAACAAAAUUAAUCACAAUUGGCCUGUUUAACCAUAACAUCAAGUGAACUAAUAAUAUUGAAGUCCUUUUCUAACAACAACUAUAUGUCUGAGCAAUUUAGCAUAUUCCACCGAAAAUGAGUUGGUUGGUGGUAGAUGCCUUCACCUUAUUUUUUUGUUUUUUUGUUCGUGUUAACAUACAUAAGUCAGAUUUUUUAUUAUUAAACCUUAUUUAUUAGAUUUUUAUUCAGACAGUAAUUAAAAUAAACAUAACAGAUGAGGUUCUGUGUUGUCACUCACCGUUGGUCCAGUAGAAAUGUAGAGCAUACUUACUAAAUGUAACAGAGUGAUCCAGGAACAUGUCUUAAUACAUUAGCUAAUGGAGGACAUAUAAAUCCACCGAGCUUUUGACAAGAUAUAGCAAUAGAGAGUUUUCAGCCAAUGUUGUAAUUAUCUUGAUACAUACACAAGGCUCCAUUUAAAGAUAUUGGAGCCCAUAUCCAACGUAUGAGUAAGAAGGAAAUAUGAAAGUAGCUUUAAUCAUGGUUGGGAAAGCAUAGAGAUGGUUUUAAAGAAGGGACUAAUGUUAGAAGAUAUUUAUAGGCUUCCAUUUCAAAGAAAAUGCUGAAGUCCUUUAAACCAACUGUUUUAGUAUCAAAAAGGGAAAAUAUGAAGUUGUAAAAGUAUUCUAAAUAAUUGGAGAGGUUUCCUAAAGGGGUACUCCAAUAUUUUAACACUUGUCCCCUAUAUACUGAAUAGAAGAUAAGUGUCUGACCGCAGGAGGUCCAACCUCUAAACCUCUAGGACCCCCACAACCUACUGAAUGGUUCCCCGGCUCUCCUCGCACAUGGAUUUUCCUCUCCAUGCAUUCUCUAUGUGAGCUAUGUGGACUCAGCCAAGAGACACUUAUCUGUGGAUAAGUGUCUCUUUAGGGGUUAAGUGUUAAAAUGCUAUAGUACCCCUUUAAGAAUUCUUUUUUUUAUUUUUUUUAUUCUAGGGACAGGAGCUCAGUUUGCCAUGCACUUGUCUUAGUUGGAGAACCUAUUGUAAUUAUGUUAUUUUAGUACAUUGUUUAAAUCAAACAGCAAAUCCUUAAGCUAAAGUGUAAAGAUGAUGAUGUGUGGUUAGAUAUGUGAAAAUCCAAAUUUGUUAUUUUUAUAUUUCGCAGUUUUUUAACACAUAUUUAAAACCUGUACAUUGGAACAUAGUUAUUGUAACUUAAAAAUAAACAUGUUACAUUUUUGUUUUUAUUUUUUUUACAUUUUGACAGUAAAAUAAGUUUCAAGUUUG